GGCGCGGGAGGUUCGCAGCCGGUGGCGGGCGGCCAUGGAGGACUAUGAGCGGGAGCUGUACGGCGUCGAGGACGACUUCCACAGCCAGUUCGCGGCCGAGCUCGAGGUGCUGGCCGAGCUGGAAGGGACAACCGCCAUGUCACCUUCCAGGGACCCCUGGCCCACCGUGGGCCGGCCCCGCCUGACGUUCGAGGAGACCAUUGCUGGAGGGAACGCUGCCACUCGCUGCUCUCCAGGCGGACCUCCAAGGAACAGCAAGGGCGGUGCCAGGAAGAGGCAGCUGGCCGCUGACAUCCACGGGGACAGACCCCUGCCCCCUACCCCCAAAGUCAAACGGUCCAGGCUGGAGGCUGCCAGGAGACUGAACUUCAGAUCCGAUGACAUGGAAGAGCCGCUGCCUCCUGACUCCCCCACUCAGGACAUCACUCCCCCACCGAGUCCUGAGGUCCCUGCUGAGCUGUGGGGCAAGAGGCCCUUGGACACCGGGGCUGAUGUGGGUCUCACUAGGGCCUCACCAGCCGCCCGCAAUCCUGUCCUGAGGCGGCCCCCUGUCUUGGAGGACUACAUCAAUGUGACCUCCACAGGCGGCGACCGGGCCUUUCUGGUGCUUCGGGCUGACCCAGUGGGCACUGGGGUCCAGAGCCCUCUUCUUGACAUCCGGUGGCGUGGCCAUGGCCAGCUGGACCUGCUGGGCAUGUCCUUUGCCUCCUUGAAGGAGAAGGUCGACAGCGAGCGGCGACAGCGACUGCUGGAAGAGGCCCAGCGGCUAUCGGACACACUGUGCAGUCUUAGGUCAGAGGAGGUGGAGGAGGGGCCCCAGCCCUCGGGGGCCCCCGAGGAGGAGCCGGCUGACAGCCAAGAUGCCUCCCAGCAUUGCCUCUGGGUGGAUGAGUUUGCACCCCAACGCUAUACAGAGCUGCUCAGUGACGAUUUCACCAACCGCUGCCUCCUCAAGUGGCUGAAGCUGUGGGACUUGGUGGUGUUUGGCCGAGAGCGGCCCACCCGGAAGCCCAGACCCAGUGUGGAACCGGCCCGUGGUGGCAAGGAGGCCACAGCCUCCAGCAAGUGGAAAAGCCACGGACAGGUGCUAGAGGAGAUGCUGGAGGCCGAGCUGGAUCCAAGUGGGCGGCCCCGGCAGAAGGUGGCACUGCUGUGUGGGCCCCCAGGGCUGGGCAAGACCACCCUGGCCCACGUGAUUGCGCGGCACGCUGGGUACUCUGUGGUGGAGAUGAACGCGAGUGAUGACCGCAGCCCCGAGGCCUUCCGAACACGCAUCGAGGCAGCCACGCAGAUGGAGUCGGUGUUGGGCACUGGUGGGAGGCCCAACUGCCUGGUUAUCGAUGAGAUUGACGGGGCCCCCACGGCCGCCAUCAAUGUUCUCCUGAGCGUCUUGGACCGCCAGGGCCCACAGGAGGCAGAGCCAGGGGGCCCCGCUGUGCCCACAGUUAGGGGGCGGCGGCGCCGGGCAGAAGGGGCGAUCUUGAUGAGGCCCAUCAUCUGCAUCUGCAAUGACCAGUUCGCGCCCUCCCUUCGGCAGCUGAAGCAGCAGGCACUCCUGCUCCACUUCCCGCCCACACUGCCUUCCAGGCUCACGCAGCGGCUCCAGGAGAUCUCCCUGCGGCGGGGCAUGCGGGCUGACCCUGGUGCGCUGGCGGCUCUCUGUGAGAAGACAGACAACGACAUCCGCGCCUGCAUCAAUGCCCUGCAGUUCCUGCAUGGGCGGGGCCAGCGGGAGCUGAGCGUUCAGGCUGUGCAGACCACACGCAUUGGCCUCAAGGACCAGCGCAAGGGGCUCUUCUCCGUGUGGCAGGAGGUCUUCCAGCUGCCCCAGGCCCAGAGGUGCCGUGUGGGUCAGGACCCAACCCUGCCCACCCACACACUCCUGCUCGGUGAUGAGCACAUGGGUUCAGGGCCCCUCGCUGCCAAGGUGCCCCUGACUGUGGCCUCUCAGCGGUUCUACCACAUCUUGCAUGUGGCUGCUUCUGCGGGUGAGCACGAAAAGGUGGUCCAGGGCCUAUUCGACAAUUUCUUGCGGCUGAGGCUGCGGGACUCCAGCUUGGCAGCUGUGUGCAUAGCCCUUGACUGGCUGGCCUUCGACGACCUGCUCGGCCGGGCCGCCCACCACGGCCAGAGCUUCCAGCUGCUGCGCUACCUGCCCUUCCUGCCCCCGGCCUUCCACCUGCUCUUUGCCUCCAGCCACGUGCCAAGGAUCACCUUUCCCAGCAGCCAGCAGGAGGUGCGCCCCACGCCCUGCCCAUACCCAGGGUCUAACACCGGGGCCCUGGGUAACUUGGUCCUUGUCCGCCCUCCACCCCAGGCCCAGAAUCGGAUGAGCCGGACACACAACCUGAUCCAGACGCUGGUGUCGGGCAUCACGCCAGCCACCCGCAGCCGGGCUGCACCGCAGGCGCUCAUUCUGGACACCCUCUGCCUGCUCCUGGACAUCCUCACACCCAAGCUGCGCCCCGUGAGCACACAGCUGUACAGCGCCCGAGAGAAACAGCAGCUGGCCAGCCUCGUGGGUACCAUGCUUGCCUAUAGCCUCACCUACUGCCAGGAGCGCACGCCCGACGGGCAGUAUGUCUACAGGCUGGAGCCGAACGUGGAGGAUGUCUGCCGCUUUCCCGAGCUGCCCACCCGCAAGCCCCUCACCUACCAGGCCAAGCAGCUCAUUGCCCGCGAGAUUGAAGUGGAGAAGAUGCGGCGGGUGGAGGCCUUGGCCCAGGCUAGGGUCAGCCCCCAGGUGGACAGGGGUCCCCUGGGGGGCACUGGGGAGAAAGGGGCGCAGCCAUCUGCCCCGUGCAGCCAUGAGCAGCGGCUGGAGUGCAUCCUGAAGAGAGCUGCCCUGGAGGAGCAGCCCGAGAGGGACUUCUUCGGUCGUGUGGUUGUCAAGAGAGCGGCAGCCCCGAGCACAGAGCACGCAGCCCCUGAGACUGACACGGCCGAGCAGCGCAUGGGCACUGCGGUGGGCAGGAGCGACGUCUGGUUCCGCUUCAAGGAGGGCGUCUCCAAUGCCGUGCGGCGCAGCCUGUACAUCAGGGACCUGCUGUAGCCUGGGCCACACUAAGCCCCCAGGAUCCAUGCUGCCACCCUGGGCUGUGCUAGAUACUCUGACCCACACUUGACGUCCCUAGGAUCUAUGCUGGAC